UUAGUCAAACUACAGUGGCUUGCGAAAGUAUUCACCCCCCUUGGCAUUUUUACUAUUUUGUUGCCUUACAACAUGUAAUUAAAAUGGAUUUUUGGGGGGGUUUGUAUCAUUUGAUUUACACAACAUGCCUACCACAUUGACGAUGCAAAAUAUUUUUUAUUGUGAAACAAACAAGAAAUAAGACAAAAAAACUGAAAACUUGAGGGAGCAUAACUAUUCACCCCCCCCCAAAGUCAAUACUUUGUAGAGCCACCUUUUGCGGCAAUUACAGCUGCAAGUCUCUUGGGGUAUGUCUCUAUAAGCUUGGCACAUCUAGCCCAUUCUUCAAGGCAAAACUGCUCCAGCUCCUUCAAGUUGGUUGGGUUCCGCUAGUGUACAGCAAAGUCAUACCACAGAUUCUCAAUUGGAUUGAGGUCUGGGCUUUGACUAGGCCAUUCCAAGACAUUUAAAUGUUUCCCCUUAAACCACUCUAGUGUUGCUUUAGCAUUAUGCUUAGGGUCAUUGUCCUGCUGGAAGGUGAACCUCCAUCCCAGUCUUAAAUCUCUGGAAGACUGAAACAGGUUUCCCUGAAGAAUUUUCCUGUAUUUAGCGCCAUCCAUCAUUCCUUCAAUUCUGACCAGUUUCUCAGUCCCUGCCAAUGAAAAACAUCCCCACAGCAUGAUGCUGCCACCACCAUGCUUCACUGUGAGGAUGGUGUUCUCAGGGUGAUGAGAGGUGUUGGGUUUGAGCCAGACAUAGCGUUUUCCUUGAUGGCCAAAAAGCUCAAUUUUAGUCUCAUCUGACCAGAGUACCUUCUCCCACAUGCCUUUUGGUGAACACCAAACGUGUAUCGUUGUUGCUUAUUUUAAAGUGGUCCUAUGGACAGAUACUCCAAUCUCCGCUGUGGAGCUUUGCAGGACCAACACCACUUUACAACAGAAUGUAGAGGGGACCAACACCACUUUACAACAGAAUGUAGAGGGGACCAACACCACUUUACAACAGAAUGUAGAGGGGACCAACACCACUUUACAACAGAAUGUAGAGGGGACCAACACCACUUUACAACAGAAUGUAGAGGGAACCAACACCACUUUACAACAGAAUGUAGAGGGGACCAACACCACUUUACAACAGAAUGUAGAGGGAACCAACACCACUUUACAACAGAAUGUAGAGGGGACCAACACCACUUUACAACAGAAUGUUGGAGUUUCAAACAGCAAAUGGGAGCCAAAACAAAUUUAAUUUGGCUUAUUCUGUACUUUAAUUGCAUUUGCAUUUACAUUUCUGUCAUUUAGCAGACACUCUUAUCCAAAGCGACUCAAAAUCAUUGGGAUCUAGAUUUUAGGGUGGCGGCACAAUACAGAAAAACUAGCUGGUAGCGGUGAGGCUGUACUCAAUUACGUUAUGUUUUCAUUGUGUGUGUCCCAAAUGGCACCCUAUUCCAUAUGCAGCGCACUACUUUUGACCAGGGCCCAUGGUCAAAUGUAGUGCACUAAAGGGAAUAGGGUGCCAUUUGGGACACAUCCAUUGUUAUUGUUUAACUGCCCUUUUCCUGUGUGUGUGUAGGUUUACCCCCUACGAGUGGUACAACCCUCACCCCUGUAACCCUGACUCUGACGUGGUGGAGAACAACUUCACUCUCAUCAACUCCGUCUGGUUUGGGGUGGGAGCUCUGAUGCAGCAAGGUACAGCUAUCUGUCUGUAUCUCUUUUAGCCCACUAAUGCAUCAAGGUACAGCUAUCUGUCUGUAUCUCUUUUAGCCCACUAAUGCAGGAAGGUGCAGCUAUCUGUCUGUAUCUCUUUUAGCCCACUGAUGCAGGAAGGUACAGCUAUCUGUCUGUAUCUCUUUUAGCCCACUAAUGCAGGAAGGUACAGCUGUUUGUAUCUCUUUUAGCCCACUAAUGCAGGAAGGUACAGCUGUCUGUAUCUCUUUUAGCCAUCUGAUGCAGGAAGGUACAGCUGUUUGUAUCUCUUUUAGCUCACUGAUGCAGGAAGAUACAGCUGUUUGUAUCUCUUUUAGCCCACUGAUGCAGGAAGGUACAGCUGUUUGUAUCUCUUUUAGCCCACUAAUGCAGGAAGGUACAGCUGUUUGUAUCUCUUUUAGCCCACUGAUGCAGGAAGGUACAGCUGUUUGUAUCUCUUUUAGCCCACUAAUGCAGGAAGGUACAGCUGUCAGUAACAAGACUAAGGAUUCAUGAAUGUGCCCUUAUACUACCCUCAUACCACUGUCUCCCUCCUAUGUACUGCAAAGAAUGAAAAGCCAAGGUUGUUCAUAUGGGUGGGAAAAUUAGCGAGAGCAAUUUAAGUCAGUUUUUUUCUUCAAUUCGACAUUUUCUCAGAUAUCUGGUAUCAGACAAAUUGUUAAAGGAUUUUGGUUAAUGCUACAAGCCUGGGAAACCGAAGAGCACCAUGUGAACUCAAUACUAUCCGAGAGCGCACAGAUUUUUUUGUUGUCUUUCAGACAAAUUCUUAUCAUCUCAGGAGAGUCUACAAAUAGGAAUGGACUCUCCUAACCUGUCUGUGUUAUUGGGUUCUCACACAACAGGAUCUGAGCUGAUGCCUAAAGCCCUGUCGACGAGGAUAGUAGGAGGCAUCUGGUGGUUCUUCACCCUGAUCAUCAUCUCGUCCUACACGGCCAACCUGGCCGCGUUCCUCACUGUGGAGAGGAUGGACUCCCCCAUCGACUCGGCUGACGACCUGGCCAAGCAGACCAAGAUAGAGUACGGAGCUGUGAGAGAUGGAUCCACCAUGACCUUCUUCAAGGUAUACACACGGACACACGCACACACGCACACACGGACACACGCACACACGGACACACGGACACACGGACACACGGACACACGGACACACGGACACACGGACACACGGACACACGGACACACGGACACACGGGCACACGGGCACACGGACACACGGACACACGCACACACGGACACACGGACACACGGACACACGCACACACGGACACACGCACACACGGACACACGCACACACGGACACACGGACACACGCACACACGGACACACGGACACACGGACACACGGACACACGGCACACACGGACACACGCACACACGGACACACGGACACACGGACACACGGACACACGGACACACGGACACAGGCACACAGGCAUGGAGAGACAGACAGACGGACGGACGGACGCUCUCUAACAACUACAAUCUCUCUCUCUCUCUCUACCUUUCUCUCUCUCUGAGCACAUCCCCUGGCUAUUGGUCCUCUUGAUAGAACUGAGAAGAUGAACGUAUGCAAUAUGACACGACAGUAUAGCGAGAGACAUCAUAUUGCAAAGAGACGAGCAUCCGUCUAUCAUCUCACAAUUGUUUGUCCUUGAUGCCUUGACAGGAGAUUGUUUUUGAACCAUGAAUCUUAACAUAUGAUUGUAAUACUUUACAUGUGCCUCGCCUGUCUGUCUGCAAGGCUGAAACGUGAGAAUGGAUGUUAAAAAAAUAAAUAUAUAAUUUAAUCAGAAAAGAGGGAGGGGGAAGGAGAGAGAAAGUGAGGUUGCGUCCCUAAUGGCACUGUGUCUCCUAGCCAGCUUACUAUAGGACCUCUGGGUGAUGACUUCCAUUAUAUCUCCUAGCUAGCCUACAGUAGGACCUCUGGGUGAUGACUUCCCUAUAUCUCCUAGCCAGACUACUGUAGGACCUCUGGGUGAUGACUUCCCCUAUAUCUCCUGCUGUGGGACCUCUGGGUGAUGACUUCCCCUAUAUCUCCUGCUGUGGGACCUCUGGGUGAUGACUUCCCCUAUAUCUCCUGCUGUGGGACCUCUGGGUGAUGACUUCCCCUAUAUCUCCUAGCUAGCCUACAGUAGGACCUCUGGGUGAUGACUUCCCCUAUAUCUCCUAGCCAGCUUACUGUAGGACCUCUGGGUGAUGACUUCCCCUAUAUCUCCUAGCCAGCUUACUGUAGGACCUCUGGGUGAUGACUUCCCCUAUAUCUCCUAGCUAGCUUACUGUAGGACCUCUGGGUGAUGACUUCCCCUAUAUAUCCUAGCCAGCUUACUGUAGGACCUCUGGGUGAUGACUUCCCCUAUAUCUCCUGCUGUGGGACCUCUGGGUGAUGACUUCCCCUAUAUCUCCUAGCCAGCUUACUGUAGGACCUCUGGGUGAUGACUUCCCCUAUAUCUCCUAGCUAGCUUACUGUAGGACCUCUGGGUGAUGACUUCCCCUAUAUCUCCUAGCCAGCUUACUGUAGGACCUCUGGGUGAUGACUUCCCCUAUAUCUCCUAGCUAGCUUACUGUAGGACCUCUGGGUGAUGACUUCCCCUAUAUCUCCUAGCCAGCUUACAGUAGGACCUCUGGGUGAUGACUUCCCCUAUAUCUCCUAGCUAGCCUACAGUAGGACCUCUGGGUGAUGACUUCCCCUAUAUCUCCUAGCCAGACUACUGUAGGACCUCUGGGUGAUGACUUCCCCUAUAUCUCCUAGCCAGACUACUGUAGGACCUCUGGGUGAUGACUUCCCCUAUAUCUCCUAGCCAGACUACUGUAGGACCUCUGGGUGAUGACUUCCCCUAUAUCUCCUGCUGUGGGACCUCUGGGUGAUGACUUCCCCUAUAUCUCCUAGCCAGCUUACAGUAGGACCUCUGGGUGAUGACUUCCCCUAUAUCUCCUAGCUAGCCUACAGUAGGACCUCUGGGUGAUGACUUCCCCUAUGUCUCCUAGCCAGCUUACUGUAGGACCUCUGGGUGAUGACUUCCCCUAUAUCUCCUAGCCAGCUUACUGUAGGACCUCUGGGUGAUGACUUCCCCUAUAUCUCCUGCUGUGGGACCUCUGGGUGAUGACUUCCCCUAUAUCUCCUAGCCAGCUUACUGUAGGACCUCUGGGUGAUGACUUCCCCUAUAUCUCCUAGCCAGACUACAAUAGGACCUCUGGGUGAUGACUUCCCCUAUAUCUCCUAGCUAGCCUACAGUAGGACCUAUGGGUGAUGACUUCCCCUAUAUCUCCUAGCUAGCCUACAGUAGGAACUCUGGGUGAUGACUUCCCCUAUAUCUCCUAGCCAGACUACAGUAGGACCUCUGGGUGAUGACUUCCCCUAUACAGUAUCUCCUAGCCAGCUUACUGUAGGACCUCUGGGUGAUGACUUCCCCUAUAUCUCCUAGCCAGCUUAUUGUAGGACCUCUGGGUGAUGACUUCCCCUAUAUCUCCUAGCCAGCUUACUGUAGGACCUCUGGGUGAUGACUUCCCUAUAUUUCUUAGCCUGCCUACAGUAGGACCUCUGGAUGCAUAGAGCAGAUUUAAUCAACAGAGAGAGAUUUAAACACAGCUGUCACGCUUGCCCAGAUGAUUGGAGGAAGGGAAAUACAGGCAGGAAUUUAGGCUUCACUAUAAGCAACUGAACAGGCGUUUCCACACCAGUGUGAAACAAUAUAUCUCUGUCUAAUAUGUUUUUAAUAUGAACACUGUGUACAGUAACAAAUCCAGCAAUGUGGAGCAAUGCACUUUAUAUAGAUACUUUGAUAUCAGAGAAGGGAUUUUCUCAUAAACAACUGGACAUUUGCCUGUCCAUAGCAGUGUAACCAUACGUUCUGUAAUCAGACAUAUUUAAUAUUCCACCAGUCUAAAAUAACACAUCUCUGUCCAAUAUGCCAGAUUUUAAUACUGACAUGUGAUAUCAUCAUUGUGUACUAAUAUCAAUAAAUGGAUUAAUGUGGGGUCAUGCACUUUACAUAGAUACUUUUAGAUUUUCUCUAAGCAACUGGACAGAUGUUUCCAUAACCGUGUGAAACAAAAACAUUUCUGUCCAAUAUGUUAGUGCUGUCUGAUGCUGACCACUAAUAUCAACACUGUGUAAAAUAUCAACAGACCCAGCAAUAUGGGGUAAUGCACUUUAUAUUAAUACAUCUGAAAUGGCUGUAAAAGUCUGUUGUUCAGUUAUUCCUGUGAAUCUGCAUUGAAUUGACGAUUUUGGCAUUAAAAUUCUCCCCUUUUUUACUUUUCCUCAGAAAUCUAAUCUCCACCAAUAAAACAUGUGCCUGUUAUUAUUGCUGUUUUUAAAAAGGAAACAAUGCGUUGUCGUCGUUGUUUGUCCAUUAGAAAUCCAAGAUCUCCACCUAUGAGAAGAUGUGGGCGUUCAUGAGCAGCAGGAAGAACACAGCUCUGGUGAAGAACAACAGGGAGGGGAUCCAGAGAGUUAUGACCACAGACUACGCUCUCCUCAUGGAGUCCACCAGCAUAGAGUACAUCAGCCAGAGGAACUGUAACCUCACGCAGAUCGGAGGCCUCAUAGACUCCAAGGGCUACGGUGUAGGCACUCCCAUAGGUAAGAACCGUGGACACAGGGGGGAAAAAAAAAACACUUUGUGUGAAUUACCGUCCCCUAUCACAUCUGAGUGCGGACAUGCUAGAGGAAACACGUCAAGGCUGCCCUCUCUCUCCCCUUUGCUGUUUUUCUACCUAGAACCACUCGCUCAUGCUGUCCGUCAGUCACCAGAUAUGCACCAACGUUAUUCACUUCAUGCUGAUGAUGUGCCUACGUAGCUAAUUUGUAGGGCAAUGUUGCUCAUUUGUGACCUAUGUUUUACCUUAUGGCCUGAUAAUCUUCACUACAUUUAGCUCUAACACUAAGAUCUCACCCCCCCCCCCUCAUCUACCCCCCCAGGCUCCCCCUACAGAGACAAGGUGACCAUCGCCAUCCUGCAGCUCCAGGAAGAAGGGAAGCUCCACAUGAUGAAGGAGAAGUGGUGGCGAGGGAACGGUUGUCCUGAGGAGGACAGUAAGGAGGCCAGCGCCUUGGGAGUGGAGAACAUCGGUGGUAUUUUCAUAGUGCUAGCGGCCGGACUGGUUCUCUCUGUGUUUGUAGCUAUUGGCGAGUUCAUUUACAAAUCCAGGAAAAACUUGGACAUGGAGGAGGUGAGUGUGGGGCAGUGUGAGUGGCACAACAAGUACUAA